AUGGAGGUGAACUGUGAGGAGUUGGAGAAAGUACUUGUCGGAUCUGACCCUGAGAGGUUUUUUCAAAUUGGCUCGGAAUUGAUGCCCCAAGAGAAGUCGGCGCUGACUGCCUUCCUCCGACAGAAUUUAGACGUGUUUGCUUGGGACCCCUAUGAGGCCCUCGGGGUCGACCCAGAUUUCAUCUGCCACCGCCUUAACGUGAACCCGACCAUAACACCUAAAAGGCAAGCCCCUCGACGACCGUCGAAAGAACAUACUGACGCCGUGAUAGAAGAGGUCACAAGAUUGAAGAAAGCAGGGGCUAUCAAAGAGGUUUUCUAUCCCAAGUGGUUGGCUAACACGGUAGUGAUGGGUAAAAACAUUGAAGUGUACAUAGACGACAUGGUGGUUAAAAGUAAGUUGGCUCUCAACCAUAUUGACGACCUUGACAACGUUUUUCAAAUACUAAGAAAAGGCAUUAAGGCUAACCCCGACCAAAUAAGAGCCAUCCAUAACUUGCAGCCUCCUCGGAACCCUAAAGAAGUCCAGAAGCUUACUGGUAUGAUAGCAGCUUUAAAUCGUUUUAUCUUGCGCUCAGCAGAUAGAUGCAAGCCAUUCUUUCUCCUAUUACACAAGUGGAAAGGAUUUGAGUGGAAUGAAGACUGCGCUGUAGCUUUCCAACAAUUAAAGGAGUACCUCGCCCGACCACCAAUUAUGUCCAGUCUAAAUGCCGACGAGGUUUUGUUUGCCUACAUUGCGGUAGCCUUGCAUGCGGUGAGCUUGGUGCUAAUCCGAGAAGACAACGGCACACAGCGACCAGUCUAUUAUGUUAGUAAAUCACUGCAGGAGGCAGAAACACGUUAUCUUCCCCUCGAGAAAGCUAUCUUGGCUAUCGUGCAGGCCACGCGAAAGCUUCCACACUACUUUCAAGCGCACACUGUGGUGGUGCUGACACAACUCCCCAUAAAGUCUGUCCUACGCAGUGCCGAUUACACAAGCAGAAUUGCAAAGUGGGGAACGAUCUUGGGCGCUUUCGAUAUUAGGUACAUGCCUCGUACUGCUGUAAAGGGCCAGGUCAUUGCCGACCUAAUAGCAGAGUUUGCGGAGCCCAUGCUAGAGGAACAAAACGUGGUGGGACCUCUAGGGGCUGAUGAGAAGAUGAUUAGCACGGUCUCCCAGCAUGAAAACACCUGGUGGAAAGCACACAUCGAUGGCGUAGCGAACCAAAGGGGCUCAGGGUUAGGACUUGUCCUGCUCUCACCUGAAGGGAUAACCAUAGAGAAGUCAUUGAGACUCGGGUUUUCAACCACGAAUAACGAAGUCGAAUAUGAGGCGCUAUUGGAAGGAAUGGGAAUGAUCCGGAAGUUGGGGGGAAAAUCCGUAGACAUGUUCUCGGAUUCAAGACUUAUUGUGGGGCAGAUAAAUAGGGAUAUGGAAGCAAAGGACGAAAGAAUGCAAGAGUAUCUAGUUCGGGUUAAGCACCUGCAGACCCAAUUUCAUCACUUCCGCCUGACGCACGUACCCAGAAGUGGGAACACUCAUGCUGAUUCUCUCGCGACGUUGGCUACCUCCUCGGCUCAACCCCUACCUCGAGUCAUUCUGGUAGAAGAGGUCCUCCGUCCAUCAACAGAAAGGGCCAAUGGGAUUGGAAUACAUAACAUCAGGGCAGGACAGAGCUGGAUGGACCCUAUCGUUCUGUACUUAAAGCAUGACACCUUGCCAGACGAUAAGGUUGAGGUUGGCAAAAUCAGGAGAAAGGCUACUCGAUUCUGGUUAUCGGAGGACUCCAAUCUUUACAGACGCUCGUUUUCAGGGCCGUAUUUGCUAUGUGUGCACCCAGAGGCGGCAGAACUCAUCCUGGAGGAGUUACAUGAAGGAAUUUGCGGAAGUCACAUGGGGGGUAGGUCUUUGUCUCACAGAGCCUUAACGCUAGGUUAUUGGUGGCCGAGCAUGCAUAAGGAAGCCCUGGAUUAUGUGAAGAAGUGCGACCAAUGCCAGAGAUUCGCUCCGAGCAUACACCAGCCUGGUGGAGAGCUAAACCCAAUGUCCAGUCCCUGGCCAUUUGCACAAUGGGGCCUAGAUAUACUUGGUCCAUUCCCUAAGGCAACAGGGAAUAGAAAAUUUCUUCUCGUCGGCACCGACUACUUCACCAAAUGGUUUGAUAGCAAAGCCUUCAGAAGGUACUGCAGCAAGCUGGGAAUUGUUAACCGGUAUUCCACGCCAGCUUACCCCCAGAGUAAUGGCCAAGCAGAAGCCGUCAACAAGACCAUAAUGAACGGACUGAAAAAGAGACUAGAUGACGCAAAAGGAAGAUGGGUAGAAGAGUUAGCCCAUAUCUUAUGGACAUACCGCACCACGCCUUGUAGGUCCACAGGGGAAACCCCUUUUUCAAUGACCUAUAGGGCCGAGGCUGUCAUUCCACUGGAGGUGAACUUCCCAACCCAGAGGACCACCACCUUUUGUCCCGCUACCAAUGACAAACUUCUAGAAAAGAGCUCAGACCUCAUUGACGAAAGAAGGGAAGGCGCGAUGGUCCACCUAGCAAACUAUCAGCAGAAGCUCAAGCAAGGUUACGACGCCAAGGUGAAGUCCAGGCCAUUGGCGCCUGGAGAUCUAGUACUGAGGAAAGUCUUGGGCACUGCGAGGAACCCCGCAUGGGGAAAGCUCGGACCAAACUGGGAGGGACCGUACCGUAUCACUUCCGUAGCUGGCGUAGGAGCCUACUUUUUAGAAGACUUGGAUGAACGUGUAGUUCCACACCCUUGGAAUUUAGUGAAGAAAUAG